AUGCUAUACAUUUUGAAAUGGAUAAGGCUACAGCAGCACCUUCUGAUCAAGAAAUUUUGAACCUAUAUUCUGAAGAAUGACUGCGAGAAAAUUAUGAUAAAACGCUACAUCUACUGCAAAGACCGCUGCAAAGUGCCAAUGAAUAUACAUGCGAAAUUUGUGCAAUUAUUGCAGCAGUUAUAGAAAUAAAUGGAAAAAUAAAGGAACCUCUAGAAGGAAGAUGAAAGAAUGGCGGCUAUUCUAUUGCGAUGCUUUUCAAAUCCCAAAGCAUUAUCUGCGAGAAAAUAGCAAAAUACCAAAUUGGGGUUUUUGCAGAAAGAGGUGAAAAAGUUUAUCUUCUUGUCCAUUUGCAAAAUCUCAGCGUCAUCCACUCAUCAUUUGCCAUUGUAGAAGGGCCUUUGAUUUAUUUUUAUAAUUCUUGAAUGAUGAAGCCAGUUAUUUUGAAGCUUAAAGGUCUCAAGCAAUUCACGAUCAAGGAUUUCAAAGGAAAUGGAACACUUUUUAUUCCGAAGGAGUGGUUCCGAUUAAGAGCCUUUAAAUAAAUUUAUUUUAGAAAUUAAUUUUAUUAAAACUUGCUAA